UUCAAUAGAGUGGAUUAUUCUGAAUUCCUGAGCAGCAAACCAUUCGGCGGGCUGUGAAAAUGUUCAUUCAAUCAUAGAAGUUGGAAUACGAAGUGGCUCUUUCAGGUGCACUCAUUUCCCCUUUUAUUCCUCAUAAAUAUUCACCCGAUCCCCUCUGCUAACAGUGGAGCCCUGCUAACACAGCAGCCCCCCACCCCGCUAGUUGCAAGGAGGAAGCGCCGGCGCUCGGGGGCGCUCCCUGUUUUACCGGGGCCGUACCGAGGGCUCGGAUCUUUCUCCGCCGAAAAGGAAAUAAGCAGGGAGUUAUACCGUUCAACAGCUCGCUACUACGAAGGGAAAGAUGUGGGGGCACUUCGUGCGUUUGAGUUUUUAUUGUUGCAAAAUCUGGAGCAAAUACAUGAAGAAGUAAGUCAUUGAAGUGAAAUAAAGUGCCAGAAUAUUUCACCUGUCUCACUACCGUCCCCAGAUCGCAGGAACAAAUCUAAAGGAGAAAUAACAAGGCAUUCUGGAUCAAAGUCAAGGCUGAAUAUCCUGAGAUAGCCAUGAAAGCACUGAAAACGUUGCUUCCAUUUCCAACAUAUCUCUGCAAUGAAUGCAACGAAAACUAAAUUGUGGAAUAGACUGGACAGAAGGAACCUCCUUUGAGUAUCGCUGUCUCCCAUCACCCCUUGAUAGGACCGUCUUGUUACAGGGAAACAAGCCCAGGGCUCCCACUGAUUCAGUGAUAUUGGUAAGAGGUGAGAGAAUGGAAUAUAAUUUUUGGAGAUAUGAACACCGAAUAACUUUAACAUUUGGUGAUUGUUCUUAAACUCUGACGAAGUUUACUACUCUUAACAAAUUAGCAUUCAAUGGAGUUUUUACAUUGAACUGAACAACUCCAGCAUGCAUCAGCUUUUAAGUGUGGUGCUGGGUCAGAGGGAUCUGUCUCGAGCUGGAGAUCUGUUCUCCUUGGAUGAUACUGAAAUCGAAGAUUGCCUGUCAGAAGCUCUUGAGCAAAUAAAAGAAAUAUCUUCCUCACCAGACUAUCUGACCAAUGACAAUGAUCAGGCAGUGGUAGAAAUCUGCAUUACCCGAAUUACCACUGCCAUCAGGAAGACAAAAUCUAUUGAGAACCAUGGAAAGGCUCUGGUAACAUUGUGGGAAUCUUGCUUGGAGCAUAAUUUGAAACCAGUCAGUAAGGAUGAAGACACUCCACAUGCCAAAAUUGUUUCUGAUGUAAUGAGCUGCGUCUUUCAAAACUACAGUAAUCCAACAGUAAUGGGUCUUGCUGUCCCUGUGGCAGUGAAAUUCCUCGAAAUGGGUAACAAAGAGCUCUCCCGGAACAUGUCUAAUUACCUAUCACUUGUGGCCAUUGGUAAACCAGAAAUCCUUGCAAAGCACGCAGAAGUAAUUGUAAACAGCGUGCUUCAAGGGAAUUCUUUGUUGCUGCGGGUUUUACCUUCAAUCUAUGAGAAGCAGCAGGGACCUAUUAACUGCCACGUAACGGAGUUGGUCCAACUCGUGCCACAGCUGGAGCCUCCUGAACAGCACCAUCUUCUACACCUUUUGCAAAUGAUAACAAAGCAGUGUCCUCAGGUAUUAAAUGAAUCCAUUUCGUCUCUGAUUAUCCAACUGAAAGAACCCAGCCAUAGUGAUCUUAUCACCAAUAUGUUGGUGGACCUGGUAGCUUCCAAUCAAUGUGUCCUGGACAAUUCCAUUGAAGAUCUGAAGGAAAUUGCUGAGAAUUACCCAACUCUCUUAGGACAGAUCGCCAAAGUAUUUGGAGUUAUAGGCUGUAUUAAUGAGGAAAAGGCAAGAAGCUGCCUGGUUUAUCUGGUGACUCAACUAGCAAAUAUGGAGCAUUGUUAUCAUCAUAUACUGCUACUAGAGAUUAAAACCAUCACUGACACAUUUGGCAACAUUCUUGGAGCUCAGAGUAAAGACAUUUACUGCAUGAGUAACAGCUUCACAGCAAUUGCCAAACUUCUUGUCAAGCAUCUGGAGAAAGACGUCACUCCAACUAGAAGAAUAGUAACUAAUCGAGCAGGAGAACCUGUCGCAGAUUCCCAGUUUGAAGAAUGUCUCGUCGAUGAAAGCUCAGGAAUUCAGACACUCCAAGUGAAGAGACGGGUCUUUGAGAAAAAGAUGACAAAUGAAAACAGGGCGUCAAGUCGCAUCCGUCGAUACAGCCUGGGCCAGGGGUCCAGGGAAGAAUGGAAAGCAAUGCGAUUUAACAGGUCCAAAAGUCUCGCUCUUCAUGCAAUGCACACAAAGUCAUUAAGCUCUGAAUGUGAUGAGGGAGAAAAUGGAGACAUUAAGACAGCUAUCACAUAUUCAGACAGAUCACUCAGUGAAGGCAGUGUCAAACAACUUUUGUGUCAAGAGCCUGAUGAACAUAAGCGCCAAGUGCUGUCUCUUUCUCAUUGCAAUAUUGCCUCAAAUGAAUCAAGAAAUGCCUGUGCUACUGUGAAGGACAAUGAUAAGCAGGGUAGUGCAGGAAGUCUGAUGCGUCACUCAGAAGCACAGGAUCAACUCUCUCUGUAUCUCAAAGGAAAUAUCAAUGCUGUGAAGUCGUGCUUUUCUGAAAUGGUGAAGAGAUUCCCUGUCCCAGAUGAGUGUGUUAUUGAAGGUUCCAUCAGUGGAUGUGUAGCAAAAGUACUCUUCAGCUGUCCAGAGAAAGGAUUUUACUGCUUGUAUAGUAAAUCCAGCUUCAUCCUCAACACUGAUCAGCCUCAGCUUUGGAUCUAUAUCUUGUUUCUUUCCCAACAGAGCUAUUCUGCAAAGCCCUUAUCUACCCAGGAUGCAUCAGUACAAGUUCUUAAAGCACUGUGGGAAAAGGCACAGCUAAAGGGAACCCACAGCUUUGAAACAGCAAUGAUCCAGACAAUUCACUAUAAGAAGGAUUUGGACAGUCUGCAGAUGCACCUUGCGGAAGUGAGAUUUUUUGAUCUGUUCGGCUAUAGUGAGGAAGUAGGAAUGUGGCGGUGCUUUAUGUGCAAUAAUCCUGACAAAGCAACAGUUGUAAAUCAAGAUGGCCAACCAUUCAUUGAAGGCAAGCUCAAGGAAAAACAAGUGAGGUGGAAAUUUAUAAAGAGAUGGAAGACUCAUUACUUCACACUGGCUGGGAAUCAGCUUCUCUUUCGUAAAGGAAAAUCAAAUGAUGAUCCGGAUGACUGUCCAAUUGAACUAAGCAAAGUGCAAAGUGUAAAGGUCAUCACUAAAAAGCGAAGGGACCGCAGUCUUCCUCGGGCCUUUGAAAUCUUCACAGAUAACAAAACAUACAUCUUCAAAGCAAAGGACGCGAAGAAUGCGGAAGAGUGGUUGCAGUGUAUCAAUGUCGCAGUAGCUCAGGCAAAAGAAAGAGAGAGCAGGGAGGCAACAACAUACCUAUGAAUAAAUCUGGGAGGACUUGUUUAAAUAGAUGGUAAAAAUAAUCUGGGUGAAUCACGAGGUAGAUAUGGCUGAUCUAAGUUGCAAAUAAUCUAGGGUGAAUCACUGCUAAUGUGUCUAGAUAUUAAAAUGAGAGACAGCAAUAGUAAUUGUUGAGGGGAUGGAGGGACACUACAGUUUAUCAUCAAAUAGCAAGAUAAUAAACAUCAAUAUUCUGUUCAAUCAAAUCAGCAUUACCAUAUGAACUGUAACAGAUACAUUUAAAAUGAAAAUCUGAACAUAUAACUGAUUGCAAUAUGAGAUUUAAAAUAACUCAACUUGAUUUAUAAUAUUUGUAUAUUUGAAAUUCCUAUUCACUUUCAUUGUAAUUUAUUAGUUUCAAAUUCCACUUAUAUUUAUUGACAUUUGUAGAGAUGCAAAACUGGAAAUCUGUUCCUUACAGUAAAAUUC